UUGAUCGACCCUCCACAGAAUCUUCUCCUCCCGCGGGGGAUUCUGCGGCGCGUAAGAGAAGGAACAAGGAACGGCCCGUCUUGCAUUCCCACCUCCGGACACAUUUUCUCUGUUUAAACCAUAUUCACUCUCCUUGCUUUCAAACCAUCGGAGGAAGCAAAGCAUCUUCUUUUUCCGGAGUUUCAGUUGCAGACCGCAAUUAACAGGAUUAUCAGACCAUUACUGGACGCCUGUCAUGACUACUGAAACCAGUACUUUAAGUUAUUGGUUGAACUGGAGAUUCUUUGUGUGUGCUUUGUUUCUAUCAACCUUUAUGCUUGUGGCAGCCCUAUUAAUAUGGAAAUAUGAAGGUUCCAAAAGACGCAAACCUGGAUCAACUGACCACUCACAAGAUUCAGUUGGGUCAUUGUAUGAGGAUGAACUUUGGCAGCCGUGUCUCAAACCAAUUCAUCCUGCUUGGCUGCUAGCUUACAGAACGCUUGCUUUUGCUGUGCUUUUCGCAUUGAUAUUAAGCGAAACUAUUGUUAAAGGAGGCCGCAUUUUUCUAUUUUAUACUCAGUGGACAUUCACAUUGGUCACGCUCUACUUUGGGCUUGCAACUUCAUUCUCGAUUUAUGGUUGUUGCAGAAAAGGUAAUAAUAAUAGCAGCUCAACUGAGCAUACGAGUUUAGAUGCAGAACGAGGCAAUUACGUGCCCCCGGCACUUAAUGAGGGCAGCCCCAACGCGUCCAAUACAGCCAAAUGUUCAAACUCCAGUGAAGAUUUUCAUACUCGCAAAGCUGCUGGUGUGGGGGGAUAUGCAUGUCAAAUUAUUUUUCAGGUAUCCGCAGGUGCUGUGGUACUUACAGACAUCGUAUUUUGGACGAUUCUUUAUCCAUAUCUUCUAUCUCGAAGUCGUGGGCUAAGUUUUUUCGUUGUAACGAUGCACUCGGUAAAUGCUGUUUGUCUUCUUGGCGAAUCAAUUUUGAAUGGUUUGCGAUAUCCAUUCUUUCGGAUUGGAUAUUUUGUACUGUGGACAGGGACAUACGUCAUUUUUCAAUGGAUCCUCCAUGCCUGUGUUUCUAUGCCGUGGCCCUAUCCAUUUCUUGACUUGUCACCCCCAACCGCUCCCAUAUGGUAUGCUGGGGUUGGGUUGAUGAAUAUCCCUUGUUUUGGAGUUUUUGCUCUAGUGUUCAAAAUGAAGCAGUAUCUGUUGCCAAAAUUGUUCCCGCAGUCAUUUCAGGGACGUAGCUGAUGCGCUUAUGUAAUGGAACAGCUGUUGGUUAUGAUGCUGCGCUUCCCAGAGCCCCAUCUGUUUGUUUCAAAAUCUAGAGUGUGGAGGACGUAAAUGUUAAGAUGAUGAUGAAGUGCAAAAAAACACAGGCGUGGAAACGAAUGGAGCACCCCAUACUCUUUAGCAAUGCUCAAACAGUGGAGGGUGCAAGUUUUUGUAAGCUUAUAAUAACACCAUUAUCAAGUUCUUGCAUCUUCUUCCGAUUAUUAUUCAUUAUUAUUCUUUUU